GCGCUUUUGUUGCACAUUCCUGUUUGUAUCCUUUGACCCGGUAGUGACGAGUGAUGGGUACUGCCCAUACGUCGCCUGCCUGUGCAAUUAAAUCAGCAUGUCGUAUCCUUCUCAUGGCGUUACCCCACGUCCAACCCCAAACUGCCGUGUAUCAUCAACCUACUAUAUCUGUACCAAUUCUUCCGCCACUCACGGACGCAAGGGCUAAUUGUACAACUAUAUGUAGACAAGCCUCGUGCUCUUACCGUGGCCUUGGGUCUUCGUGUUCGGCGCUGUUCAGGUACCUCAACGGAUUUCCGGAACGGACAUCGCGUGUCGUAGAAGGCACAACGUGGGGUACCAUUCAUGCACUGAAUGCGAUGCGUGAGAUAUCAGCGUCCACAGCGUUGUUGGGCAUGGAAGCGAGGUGCUGCUCUAUUUCGAUCGGUGUAACGAGCCUGUCGAGCUGAAGCUGGAACUAUUUUGAGUUGGGGUGGGUGACUAGUGGACUCAUGUCUAGGCCAGGCGCCAUAGAUUGAGGUUUCAUUCAGCAAUACUCUUAAUGACAGUGCCUGGCUUGUGCCACUGCUUUGAACCGAGGAAGCUGAGCUGAUAAUGCCUGGAGUGGCUCUAGGAUGAAAGUCAUACCACCGGAUGGCGUCCUGUUGCCCGGGCACUGGAGCGACAUUUGGGUGCAAAGAAUAAAGUGGACUGAAGAGGAUUCAAAAAAGUGAGGCAAAGAAAGACAAACGCACAAUGCAGUUCAUGAGAGGUUGCACCUGCAUCGAAUGCAGAGGCUUACUGAUUUGUUCAUGGCGGAGUUAGAAGCAUACAUGUGAUCACGCAAUUGGAAUGAGAUACUCGAGCGAAAGUGAUUGCCUCGAGUUGAACAUGCAUGCAGGUGCUCUCUGACGCUCAGCAGGUCAGUGAA